CAGUCUGCUAUUAAGUUAUUAACCUGAAAACUUUUAAGUGCAAGUCUCCAACAUCAACAUCAUCAACAACAACAACAACAACAACAACAAUAAGAACAAUAAUAAUAAUAAUGAUGUAAUAUUUUAUUAUUUUUAUUAUUUUUUUUUUUUUCAUAAUUUUACGUAAAUAAAAAAAUUAUAAUGGAGGAUGCAAAUAUUGAAAGAGCAACCAUUGAUGAAAAUACAUCACUUCCAAUUAUUUAUCCACAAGGCAUAAAUGAAAUCCAAAUAAAUGCUAUAAAUGCAGACACUAUUGGUGACACAUUGUACAGUAAAAAAUGGAUAAUAGAAACAUUAUUAUCUCUAUCAAAGAUAUCAGAUAAAGAUGAAUGGUCGGAAACAUUAGAAAAUAAAUUUUGCAUGCUUUGGGACAUGACAUUAGAAAAAGACGUGGUUUUCUUUUUGGUCGAAAAUCAUUUUUUACCAAUUGCUGAGGUGGUUAUUAAUCAGUCUCACGAGCCACGUUUGACAGAAAUAAUCGUCGGUAUCGUGGCCAAUAUGUGCUGCCAGUCAGAAGUUUUGAAACAUUUUGAAAAAAUGGAUGAAUUCGUUAACAGUUUAAUGAAUUUAUUGGCUAGUGAUGACACGGAAAUACUUAUACAGGUUUUAAGAAUACUGCAAGCUGCUAUUUGGAAUAUUACAAGCGAGAAACCCGCCAAAAAGUGGCUAUGUUUCAUAAAUCAAUGUGAAAUUUUCGGUCAAGCUUUAACAUUCAUAUUACAAAGUUCAACAAAUGGAGGUCUUUUGAUUUCUACUCUCAAUCUACUCCAAUCAGCUGCAAGCGUACAGUUGUCCACGAAAUGCCUGUUGGAAAGUUCUUUUGAUAUUAAACUAUUACUAUCGGCCAUGAUUGAAGCAUUCAAUCAACUAAUACCUAGAAAAAAAAGUGAAAAAUUUUACACAAAUACUGACAUGAUUGUUGUUGAAGUUUGGCUGGAAAUUUUUACUAAAAUCAUUCAAAUGGAUACUAAUCUAAAGUGCAACAUUGAUGAUGAUAAUUGUGAAGCACUGAUCGAAUUAUUAAUCAGAAUAUUAGAUCCGUGUAAGAAAUACGAUGAAUUGAGGCACUUUAUUUCUCUUAACGAAUCUUUGAUUUUUCACUGUAUUUAUCAAGCUGUUGAGAGUAUCUAUUGGUUUCAACAACGUGGGUUCAGUGUUGAUAUAGAAGCUAUUUCUACAAUUUUGCAAAUAUUGCAUCAAUUAAGUUUACUGAAUGAUGAAUACAUAAACCAUGCCAAGGAGACUGAAAAAAUGAGAGAGUUGCAGAUAUAUUUGGAAAACUAUUGGAUCAAAAUACUUGAACGAUACACACCUGAAGAUAUUCAUAAGUUAUUGGAUAUUUGUAGUAAAGAUACUCAAACAUUUGUGAUUAGUUUUCCCAAAAGUAAAUUAACGUCUAUCGAAAUCUUAAAAAAACUGUCAUGAAUUAUUACUGGUAGAAAUAAUUAUUACAAUUCUGACAGAUUUUGAUAAGAAAUGGCAAAAUAAAUUUGAUUCGGUCGGACUACGUUAGAACCUGUCAAAAACUGACAAAUUCAGACGUUGUUUAGUCAUUUCUGACCAAAUAUUGACAGGCAAAGUAUAUUAUAUUUUAACGAAUAAAUGAUAUCAGAAUAUGGUCCUCGGAAAGAAUUAUUUAUAAUUUGCCAAAUUUAUUUGUACACAAUUUUUUCAAUAAAUUAUUGCUCAUUAGAUUUUAUAAUUUUUUUUUUAUUUGUUUUUUUACCCUAAUGGUAAGACCAAACUAUAUCUGAACUUUGGGGUGCGUUCUUAAAUAGAGAGUUACGAGGUAGAGU